CAGUCCCCCCGCCCCACCCCACCCACCCAAAUUCUCUCGAAAUAUAAUAUUCUCUCUGAACAUGAAGAAGGUCGGAAACAGGUGGUCGUUGGCGUUGGUGGCAUUGAUAAUUGCUUGUGUUGCAGUUUCAGUUUCAGUUUCAGUUGCAGAAGGGAAUGGGGCUGGAUGCGACCCGGUGGCGCUGUCGCCGUGCCUGCCGGCGAUAACGGGAUCGGAUUCUCCGACGGAGGAGUGCUGCCGGCUGCUGAGGUCGCAGGAGCCGUGCUUCUGCAGCUACCUAAGCAACCCGGCUUUCAAACCCUACAUCGACUCCCCCAACGCCAGGGCUGUCGCCACCAAGUGUGGCGUCCAGAUUCCCACCAAAUGUUGAGUUGAUGCUUGCUCAACUAACUUCAUUCAUCUGUCUGUCUUCUCUUAAUUGCUGUUUAAUAAUCAUUUUGAAUUGAGAUUCUUCUCUGGUUAGAUCGUUUGAUCGAUCGAGUGCACUUAAGCUUAAUUUCAAUGACCAUGGAUUAUUGAUUGAAUAA